GAAGAAUUAAUGUCAGAUAAAUUUGAAUAUAAUAAUUAAUUGGUUCAAUACGGGUUUUUAAGCAAACAAUUUCCUGUUUCAAUAAAGGCUAGAUAACUCUCAAAUUAUCCAUUAAUUAUGGCAUCAUUAUUAGUAAUCACAAAUUAUGUUAUAAGAGUAAAAAAAAUUUCCACGAAAGGCACAGUUUGACUCUCCUUUAAGCCGAAAGACUUCUUCUCAUUCAUUUAAGAAAUAAUUGAGUAUAAAAAGAAUAUCUACUUCUAAGAGGAAAAACUAAAUUUAUGAAGAUGCCUUAUUUAUAACUUUGAAGCCUUUGACAACUAAUCAACAAAUCAAUUUAAGAGCUUAGACUGCUCAUUAACUUAGAAUAGAAUAGGAAGGUUUUAAAGAAACUAGAGAUAAUAGAAAAUUACGGUCUUGUCAAUCAAAUAGAGCAUCUUAUUUUUUUCGUUAAAGAAACAGAUCUGCUAACUAUCAUUAAAAUUAACAGCAAUUCAAAAUAACAAGAAAUGGUAAAGUUGAAUUUUUAUGA